AUGACCGAAGACCGUCUUCCACUGGAGAUUCAUGAACUACGCAGUUCACCCGAUAAGCCAUUAAGCCCGCUGAAACGAAGUCAUAAAGUAGAAAGAAGUUGGGGAUUUGUGGUUCUUCCUAUUGCAGCUCCCACACCUAUCCCACUAUCUGAUGCUCAGCCGUCGUCGCCAUACGCAGCUAUGAUGGCCAUUCGCAAGCCAGCACCACCAAAGCAGCUUAAACAGAAAGAACAGGAAUUGGCGCGACCGGUCUCUCCGCCACCAGCAGUGCGAGAAGAACUGGACUAUGAUGGACCUGAGUGGUCUAUCAUCGAGGACCAGGCUUUACUCACGGCUGUUCGAAAUGAAGAGAUUAUGUGUCAUAGUUUCGGGCGACUGAAGACAUCACUGCGCUACAACUGGGAGUACAUAUCUGGAUUUGUGAACAGAGUUACGAGAUUUUAUAGAUCUCCACGACAAUGCUCAAUUCGCUACCAGACGGUGGUUCGUCCACGGGAGAGUGGUCAACUGAUGGUCGUUGAUCCGUUGUCAAGAAGACCGCGCAAGGUGCCGUUGACGUCUGCUGAAGUUGUGCAUUUGCGAAAAGGUCGAGCUACGACCGAUCUGCAGUACGGCCAUGAUGCUGAAAGUCUACGAGAAGUUGCGGUACUGGGCAAGCUGCGCCUUGUCGAUUCGCUUGUAGGGCACCAGAACGAGUCCAAGGAGCUACGACGAUCCAAUUCACGACCGCUUGAUUUGAGUGGUCGUUUACCAUCUGUGCAGGAGAGUCUCCUUUCCUCCCUGAGUGUACGAUACGCAACUGCUCAGUACCCAGAUGUCGUAAGCCAAGUCAUAAACAACCUGGAAGAGAGACGGAUAAUCCAAGAAACGGCCAAGAAGAAGUUGGCUGAGCUGCAAACUAAUAAUGAAAGACCGAACUUACCUCCUCAUCCUGUGAUAUCUGUGUGCGUACGACCUCCGGCUGUUCCUGUAGGGCCGGAUAUUGUACAGUCCAGGAUUCCUAUUGUUGUUGCGGUUCCUCAACUUAUGCUGCAAAAUCCAAACGCUGUGCAAUCCUCAAUGACGCAGGAUCUUUCUACGUUUGGAGGUGAGCCAGAUCAAGGAGCCAUUAUUUCGUACGCUGCAUCUACAGCUGGACAUCCUUCAUCAUUCUCUAAAGCAUCUGGUGCAACCGUAAAGAGGCAACUGUUUUCUCAAAGCCCUCAGUUAGCUACAACAUCACGAGCCAGUUCACCUCAAAUUGUGGCACAAGUUCUGGUUGCACCACUUCCUCAACCACUGUCAGGAGAACCACCGUCUCCAGCGCCUCAACUGCCGUUCACGCAGUCACAAACCGAAGAAUUGCCUCAGGAGCACUUUUCGCCUUAG